GGUAGAGCCACUUAUUCAUUUUGUGAACACUUUUCAACAAUGGGAUGCUUUCACAGCACUGGCUCGGAGGCUAAGAAACGAUCAAAACUGAUAGAUGAACAGCUUCGUCAUGACCAUGAACGCUGUGUCGGCGAGAUUAAGCUCCUACUCCUCGGAGCCGGAGAGUCUGGAAAGUCGACAAUCGUUCGUCAAAUGCGCAUUCUUCAUGAAACGGGAUUCAACAAACAAGAACAGAUGGCCUAUCGACCAGUUGUUUUCAGCAACAUGGUUCAGUCAAUGCUCGCAAUUCUGAAAGCGAUGCAACCACUCAACAUAAGUUUCACAGAUGCAGCACGUGAAGAAGACGCUCGAAUGUUCAUUUCACACUUUCUUCAUGUCAACAAUGCAGAACUUUCUGAGGCAUUCUCACUGGAGCUCUCUGAUUUAAUGAAGCAAUUGUGGAUGGAUGAAGGUGUCAAGAAAUGCGUUAAACGAGCACAUGAAUAUCAGCUGAACGACUCGGCUGAGUAUUACUUCAACGCAUUGGAUCGUAUCUCAUCAUCCUCUUACUUGCCAACUCAGGAUGAUAUUCUUAGAGCUCGUGUCAAGUCAACUGGCAUUGUUGAGACAACCUUCAUGUAUAAGGAUUUGUGUUUCAAAAUGUUCGACGUCGGAGGUCAACGUUCGGAACGUAAGAAGUGGAUACAUUGCUUUGAUAGUGUAACUGCAGUCAUAUUCUGUGUUGCACUCAGCGAGUAUGACUUGAGACUCGCCGAAGACCAGACUAUGAACCGAAUGCACGAAUCAAUGCAAUUGUUUGACUCAAUCGUGAACAAUUGCUGGUUUACCGAGACAUCGAUUAUCCUAUUCCUUAACAAAAUGGACAUUUUCGAGGAAAGAAUCCGUUACACACCAUUGACCGUCUGUUUCCCAGAGUAUCAAGGGGGUAUGACAAUUACUGAAACAUCAACCUUCAUUCAAAGUCGUUUUGAGAUUCUCAAUAAAAGACAAACACCCGCUCAAAAGGAAAUCUACAGUCACUUCACAUGUGCCACGGACACAAACAACAUCCGUUUUGUGUUCGACGCUGUUACCGACAUCAUUAUCCGUAAUAACCUCUAUCUUUGCGGUCUUUAUUAAACGUUUAACUAGAUUAGCACAAAUGCUUGGCCUCUUUGAGUCUUUUUUCAUUUACUCAGAUGGAUACUCUCGUUGUCUGCGUAUCCUCUGAUUCUCUUUACUUACGACUUGUUCUAUAUUUCUCCAAAUAUAAGUUAUGAGAGAACAAAGUUCAAUGAUUUUUAUGAAUCAUUGGAUAUUUUUAGAAAAGCCUUUAAAAAUUAAAAAAAAACAAUUAAUUCUCGAGUUGUGACGUUUUCGUCGCCUUUGUACUUUUUGUUCCACCUAUUGUUCUUCUCCCAUCCAACUUUAAAAAAAAGGUUUUAGAGUACAUUCUUCUCAAGAGUACUUCUAUAUUCACUGUGAGCCCCUGAUUUUACUUUCAACAAAUUCAGAACUUUCAUAAACAUUUCUCAUUAUUUUUCUUUAAUCUUGCAUAAUUGCUUAAAUUUUUAGUACGCCUCAAAACUUUGUUUUUUGUUACUAUAUUUAUCCGUUUGUGUUUAGUUGUUUGUUGUUCAAACUGUUCCUGUUAGUUUUAUUUUAUAAAAUCUCUCAGACUUGAUGCUAAAUUCCGGUUUUUCAAAAAAUAAUAUGAUAAUAACAAAAAUUCGGAAUUCCAAAACCCAAAAGUUCAAACUUACAAAAUAUCAAGAUUCCAAAAAAAUAUUUUCCAUCCGCUUUUCUUAAUUCUAGAAUAGAAUACUAAAAGAAUCAUUUGAAAACAUUUCAAGGCGUCUCUGUUUCUCUUUUUGUCCAAAUGUCCAUAUACUUUAUUUCCCAUCUUUAUAUCAAAAAUCUUUUACUACCC